AUGCUGGAAACAUCGCUCAAGUCUGUCACUCACGCACCUGGAAUAGCGCUGAACAUUUCAUUUGAACACGCUCUUAAAGACUCGCCGCUUUUUAGAUCUUCUGUUCGUCUGUUUGCUGAUGAACUCGAUGAACUGGAAAAAUGGUUGGUUAAUAUCUCCAAAAUCUGCCGUAUCUACACUGAAUCUCUCACAAAAACCAACGACAUUGGCUUGGCUGUUUCGCGUCGAGUGUCGUCCAACAAAUACAUAAGCCUUUUAGGUGCAUUGUUGCAUACAUAUCAUUUUGGUUCUCAAAAUUUGAUUCAUCUGAUCAAUCGAUCGGACCAGGAAGCAAGGCUGGAUUAUGAAAAAAGUGUCGAGAAAUUCGAGGCUGCAACCAUCAAGUAUGCUGCAUUGCCCAAAUCAAAAGAGUCAAGUGCGCUUUUAGAGGAUGCAUUUAUUUUGUACGAAGCCAGAAAACCCUUUAUAAAAGCAUCCAUCAGCUACGUAUCAAAAAUCAUCAUGCUAAAGUAUAAGCUGGAUAUACAUAUUCCGGAUAUUUUGAUGGCAUUGAUCAAAGUCCACACAGACUAUUUUGAAGCAGGAUGGGAUUUAUUCCACGGAAUUGAAGUUGCUUCCCAAGAUUUGCGCCAAAAACUCGAUAAUGCACGAGCAAUGAGUAGCGAUACCAUCAAACGACUCGAAACCGUCAAGAAUGAGUUUGAAGAGUUUGCAAUCGAGUCGGCAAAACCACGUCUAAAAGAAUCCACUGACCAUUCCAAACUACCAAAUCGGCAAUCUCUGUCAAAAUCCCGCCCUCUAGUCGUAGUGGAGCGCGAGGGAUAUUUGUUUAGAAAAUCUAAUUCGGGUGGAUCAGUAUGGACCCGACGGUAUUUUUCACUCAAGGAUGCCAUGAUAUCAUACAGUAUUGUCGCCACAAGUGGAAAACACAAAGGGAAACUAAUGGCAACCACUGCCUUGAGUGUUGCACUGUGCAAUGUUCGAGUUUCCAAGUUGGAAGAUCGUCGUUUCUGUUUUGAAGUGGAGACCUCUUCAAAAUCCACAUUUGUUUUGCAAGCUGAGACCGAGCAAGAUAUGAACCAAUGGAUAACAGCAAUCAACAGUGCAAAAUCAGUUGCAUUGGCAAAUGGAGCUGCGUCUAUCCCGAUAGACGUCACCAACAUAGAACCGUUUGAGCCCAGUAGUGAAGAUGAGAGUGAUGGAGGCGAAACACUCCAUCAGCUCAAAACACAAAAACCUCGCGAAAGCAUAACAAUUAAUCAAACCACUGCAACUGCGUCAUCUGAAGACGAAAGUUUUGAAAUCGAGGCUUCCGAGUUGGAGACUGAUGGGUCUUUUCCGCAGUGUGCUGAUACUGAGCUUAUUUCAAUGCAAGAUGGGUCUGCAUCCAAGUCAGAGUAUGACAAACCAUUAUUUUUGAUAUAA